AUGUCCACUGCCGCAACUGUUGAACCUACAAGUGGAAAGGCUCCCAUCUUGACAAGUGGAGACAUCACUCUGUCAGUGAUGAUGGAGUUUGAGAACACCUGUUAUGACUUUUUUGAAGCGAAAUCAGUACCUGCGGACGAACAGGUCGCAUUUAUCUUACCAGGGAUCAGGGAUCUGCAUGUUAGGAACUGGGUUGCAGCAGACUGUGUGACUAUCGUCACUCUCCCUUUCACUUCAUUCAUGACCCAACUCCGUGCCAACUACCUUCAUCCUGAUUGGGAGGACCAUGUUCGUGACAAGAUCUUGAAUUCCUGCUUGGAUCCAAAUAAGGAUUCCUUCUGGUCUUGGUCGCAGAACAUCAUUAAACUCAACUGUUUACUCAAAAAUAUGACUUCUGUCUUUGACGAUAUCACCCUCUGCAACCAGCUUGACACGCAUCUCGAUGAUGGACUCAAAGAGCGUGUAAAACAUAGCGACGCCAAGAAAGAGAAAACCCUCAAAGCUUGGGUCAACGCAGUCCGUCACCUUGACGAAACUUGGAUCAGUGAGAACAAGCACCACUGUGAACUCAUUGAGGAAACUUUCAACAAGCAUCAAGCUAAAUGCAUUGCUACAGACAACAACACCUUUAAAAACCCUUCACGUCACUAUAAUGCAGCAGGCAAUUCUACCACAUCAUCGUCCUCUACUUCCUCCACAUUCAUCCCUUUGCUGCUUCUCCUCAAUACCGAACGUACAUUGCUCAAUGAAAACGACAGAUGUACAAAGUGCAGAAAGUUCUACAUUGGCCACCGCUUGUGGGACUGUCCCACAGGAUUUCCUUCAGGGAAAGGUUACAAGACCUUGGUCCUUGCAGACACACUUGCUGCGAAAACGAAGGGAAAAAGUACAUCCACCACCUCUUCAUCCAAACCAACCUUGAAAGCUGUAGCCACCACUGCUCCUGACUCAGAUGAUGAAGCUGCUGCUAUCGCUGCUGUCCUGCCUUUGAUCAGUGAUUACACAUCUGAUUCUGAAGAGGAUGCAGAUAUCUCUAAGUGUGACUCUCAUUGA